GCGCUCCCCUUGUGUCUGAUUUGUCUCGCGCUGCUGCUGCGGCGGCGGCCGUUGUUGCCGUCUCGGCCGAGCCCUGCGAGCGAGGGCGAAAGCGAAGCUGCCGCUCCAGUCGCGAGGCCGGCGCCAUGGCGGGGGUUUCGCCCGGAGCUUCCCCGCGGCCCUUCUCGCCGCUGCUGCUGGGGCUGGUGGUGCUGGGGCUGGUGCUCGGGGGCCAGCGGGGGGCCCAAGCCUUACUGUGUCUAUGCUCUGGCUGCACCCAAGCAAACUCCACAUGUGAAACAGAUGGCGCCUGCAUGGUCUCAAUAUCAAACAUGAAUGGAGUCAAGCAUCAUGUCCGAACCUGUAUCCCUGAAUCAGAUCUUGUUCCUGCUGGAAAACCUUUCUUCUGCCUGAGUUCAGACCAUCUGCGCAAUACGCAUUGCUGCUACUCUGACUACUGCAACAAAAUUGAUCCUUCGGUGCCCAGUGGACACUGGAAAAAUGAAGAAGCACCUUCCAGCUGGGGGCCUGUGGAGCUGGUGGCUGUGAUCGCAGGCCCAGUCUUCCUUGUGUUCAUUGUUAUGAUCAUAGUAGUUUUUGUCUUUCAUCACCACCAGCGAGUCUACCACAAUCGUCAACGGCUGGAUAUGGAGGAUCCCUCUUGUGAGAUGUGCCUGUCCAAGGACAAAACCUUGCAAGAUUUAGUCUAUGAUCUGUCUACCUCUGGCUCCGGCUCUGGUUUGCCACUCUUUGUCCAGCGCACUGUGGCUCGAACAAUUGUCUUACAGGAAAUCAUUGGCAAAGGUCGUUUUGGGGAAGUGUGGCGUGGUAGAUGGCGUGGUGGUGAUGUAGCUGUGAAAAUCUUCUCUUCAAGGGAGGAGCGAUCCUGGUUCAGGGAAGCUGAGAUCUACCAGACGGUCAUGUUACGCCACGAGAAUAUUCUAGGUUUUAUUGCUGCUGACAAUAAAGAUAAUGGCACUUGGACACAGCUGUGGUUGGUCUCUGAUUACCACGAGCACGGAUCUCUGUUUGAUUACCUCAAUCGAUACGCUGUAACUAUUGAGGGGAUGAUUAAAUUGGCUUUGUCUGCCGCCAGUGGACUGGCACAUCUGCACAUGGAGAUUAUGGGGACUCAAGGGAAACCUGGGAUUGCGCACCGGGACUUGAAGUCGAAGAAUAUACUAGUGAAGAAGAAUGGAACUUGUGCUAUUGCAGACCUGGGUUUGGCUGUCCGCCACGACUCUGUGACGGACACAAUUGACAUUGCACCCAAUCAGAGGGUUGGAACAAAGCGGUACAUGGCCCCUGAGGUUCUUGAUGAAACAAUUAACAUGAAGCAUUUUGAUUCAUUUAAAUGUGCUGAUAUUUAUGCUCUGGGCUUGGUCUACUGGGAAAUUGCUCGCAGAUGCAACUCAGGAGGUAUUCACGAAGAAUAUCAGCUCCCAUACUAUGAUCUUGUGCCCUCCGACCCCUCCAUUGAAGAAAUGCGAAAGGUUGUGUGUGAUCAGAAGUUGCGACCAAACAUUCCUAACUGGUGGCAAAGCUAUGAGGCCUUGCGAGUAAUGGGGAAAAUGAUGCGAGAGUGCUGGUAUGCUAACGGGGCCGCACGGUUGACAGCCUUGCGCAUCAAGAAAACUCUCUCUCAGCUCAGUAUCCAGGAAGAUGUGAAAAUUUAAUCUGCAAGCCCCGUCCCAAGGAAACUGCACAAAAGCUGCCAUGCAAGAAUUCGAAUGUGGUGGCGAAGGCUACCUCAUAUUUCUACACAGCCUGCUGCUAUCAACUGUAACAUGUGGAAAACUUGGGCCCGCAGGUGAUUAGGUGAGGAGGCAGGACUUCAUCAGCCUAACUCUCUUCCUGGUUGAGGAGCAAAACGAACAUUUUUUUUCCUAAUUGCCCUCCUGAGAAUAUAAAGAGGGACUUGUAUAGACAGCAUUGGCCACAGGUGUAACCUGGGUUUCUCCGAUGGAAAUCCCUGUAAAUUCUAAUGACUUUCUUGUUGGGGAAAGCCUCAUGGCUUGGGAGGAGAAGAAGAAGAGACCGAUUGGUGAACUCAGAGGGUGGGGUGUCUUGAGGACUUAACAACUACAUACAUCAGAAGUCUUGUGUGUCCUCCCUGCCCGGCCACGUGAAGCUCUUGUCCCUUUUCUAGCCUGACACAUUCUAAAACAGUGCGGCUAUUAGUGCUCAGCAGUGUGCACACGUGCAAAGGUACGUGUUCCUGCACCUCUUAGGUGUGUAUUGUGUUCCCUUGUGCUCCUGUGCAUGUGCAGAUAUUAGUGUCUUCUUACAAAGUACAGGUGCUAGUGCCCUCUUUGUGAUCACGAUCACUUUCCUCUCACUCAGGAGAGGUAGAAGUAUAUACCCUGACACUUGGUAGACCUACCAGGGCCAUUGAACAAAUUAUCUCACUGCCACCCAUUCCCUCAUUUUUUAAAAAAGAAGCAGGGGGCAGCUUUCUUCUGCUCAGCUUCAGGAUCCUCCAUAACAGCAGUUCUGAGUAGCAACGCAAAGUAGGUUGGCUGGCAAGCAGAGCCAUUUGCAGAAGGAAUAAAGGUCCACCGUAAUCGGAGGUUGCGCUGAUAAGAGCGAGUGAGGCGAAAGCAGGGCUGGGGAAGGAUGCCAUCCUUAUAGGACCGUCGCCUUUCCACAUCUCAAGGUGCCUUGGUCAGAACUUCUCUAUCAUUUUACAUAGCUGGAUGUACGAGUGAAGAAUCCAUUGGGGAAACAUAACUCCCAGGCUUCCAGACAAGAUUUCUCCCUUAAGGAACGAGGACUGCAAAUGAAUCUGUUUUUUAAAUACGUGUGUGUGUAAAUAUAUAUAUAUAUAUAUAUAUAUAUAUAGCCUCCCAUAUUCUGGAAGCAGUUAUGUGUCACUUGCAGGGGAGGGAGGGGUGAUAUGGGAAUAGAUUAACUGCAUGUAUUUUAUUUCAGUUGAAUAGUCAAGGGGUGGCAAGAUUGAUUUGGCUGUCACAUUUGCUUAAGGAACAGCCUGAGACUGCAUUAUGAUGCAAAUAACGCAUCAAUAACUCCGUUGUGUAUGGGUUAGGUCAGGUGUUUGUGGUAGAUAAUUCUUGAAGCCAUAACUUUUAACUGGAGUGGUUUGAUUGUUUUUUUAAUUAUUAUUUUAUUGGGAGGACUGGGAUUUUAACUUUUUUUAAACUAUUCUUUAUAAGAGAAGUGAAAAUAAAUGAUUGCUUCUCAUUGUGUUUAUAAAGAAAUCACUGCAAAAAAAAGUUUUAAAAAUACACACAGCUCAGUUUUACACUGGAACUGUUUCUGUGCAAACCGUGAGUCCUGGCUUGUAAGAGAAAAAAAGGCAGAAGUCUUUUUUUUUUAAGACUAUAAAAACAUUCUCUGUGUGUGUGUUCUCCUUCAGCCCAUUUCUCUUGUCCUCAGCCAUGUCAGUGUGUAAAGCUGAAGAGCUGUCGCUUUGUAUGUUGGAGCUAACUUUAUAUUUCCUGUUGGUUUGAAACGAGCUGUGGCUUCCUCCAGUCUGUGUUUUAAAAGAUCUCAGGCACUUGGAUUCAUGGAGGAGUGUGAAGAGUUCGUGCUUUUCAUUGUAAAACUUGCUUUCCUCUGUCAUUUUGUUCUGAUUGUUUCUGCACUAGAGGCUAUUGCUUACCUCCAGCAAUAGGACACAGCUGGCUAAAUCAUUCCUGCAUCUCAGAUCAAAGAUGAAAGGCACCUUGACAUUUUACCAAGAUGACAUGGUCAAUUUGGUGGGAAGUACUGGAAGUUGAAAACAAUGCAUGUGGAUUUAAAUGUUGCAGCUGGAUAGGUGUGGGAGACGGUUACAUAGAUGAGACAAAGGGAUAAUUCCCUUGCUAGAUCCCACAGAGUCAAAAUAACUUUUGGAGCCAUUCUUUUUGGGAGGUCUCUUGGCCUUUGCAAUGUGAAGAGCUGUAACUUGCUGCUGAAACAUCCAGCCUAUUCAUAAGCACAUUAUAGGCAAGUGUUCUUCAAGGUGAUAGAUCUCCCUUUUUUAGAUCACAUUUCUGUUGUUUCCUCUGCCCUUACGGCAUUGUGAUUCUAAGCUCCAUGUAGAUUAACAAGACACGCUCCCAUGCAAGAGCAGUUUGACUUGGGGUGAAAUAACGGCUUAUGCUAACAUUCUAGCCACAUGUGGACUAACACAUGGACAGAUGACUGCAGUGUUGUGUUGCAUCUCAAAGUCUAACGGACAGUCUGACUCAGAGUCAUAGAAGGCAUGUCUGGGUCUCUGGGACAGGGAUUUUUCUGUGUAGCAUUUUUCAUUAUUCUUUGCCCAGAGCGCAUUGCAAGGUUGCAGCAGAAACUCAGGAGUAAUUUUGCUCAAUACCAGUCUGCAACUACAUCAAGGAGGAAUGAGGCUAAACAUGUUUGACUUCAGGGCAAGGUAAGUCUCCACUAGAUGCAGAUUUGGGACAUCUCCAAAGUGUGUCUGAUCUGUCAUCUCUGUACUGUAAUAUUUGGCUGUCCAGUGAUAUGUGAGAGGUUGGUUGUUCGGUGCAGUUUGCAACCCUACAGAUUACACCAGGCUGAUUUUUCUGCUUCACCUGCUUAAAAAAAAUGCUAGCAUGGAAAAUCUCGCUUUGUAUUUACAAGACUGUUGUUCCUAUCAGUUCCUCAAGGCUGGAAGUUAUUUCAAAAAAAUUAAACCUGUAACUGCUGUGAUAAAUUUACUAAAAACAACCAGUUAAAUUGGUACUACUGGUCCUGUGUAUGUUCCCAAUAUAUUUAGAAAUAUGAAAUGCCCUACUGUGUAACAUUUGGCAGUUUUUUGAGUAUCCCAACUUUAUGCAGAUCAUAGGUUCCAACUGAGGAGCAAAUAGAUACACCUUGGAAGAGUCUUGAGUCAUCAAAACCCCAAAUACAAGAAAGUUUGGUAGGGAGGAUGCAUUCUUAGGUUUGAAUUGCACAACAAGGAUUCUCAUUGCUUGAUUAUUCCUUGCCCACCACAAGAACAAAUAUCCAUACAGUUGGGAGGGGGGCUACAAUGAGGAGGGUUACUCUCUGAAAUUGCCCUCCCCAUUCCCUUCUAUUGGUAGUGCUUCCAGUAAAUUCAAGGAAUUCAGUCAGUUGCAGGAAUUGUAUGAAUUCCACAGCCUCCAGCAUUGGCUUUUGAGGCAUCUUUAGGCCACUCACGGGGAGAAGGAGGGGGUAAGGAAAUGCCCCAUAAGAUUCAAGCCUUAGUCUUUUUUUCUGGAUGUAGAAGGGUUGAGUCCCCAGCUGGGGCUAUCAGUCUCUAGCAAGUGGUACUCUGGCUUCAGAACAGAUAGUUCACGGUACUUGUCUAGUUCUCCUUCUAUUCUUUCUUUCCCUCCUCCCCUUGGCUCUUUGACCUUUAUACUUGUUUCAGAUUUUAUAUGUUUUAUUAGAAAAAGACUGUAAAAUAGCCACUUAGACACUUUACCUCCUCAGUAUGCAAAUGUAAAUGUGUGUAAUAUAGGGAAAAAUCUUUUGUUUUAAUAUAAGAAUGAGGUUGUCCAAUUUUCUGUUGUACAUUAUUAAAAGUUUGUUUUUAUA